AUGUCUCGUCUUGAAGCCAAAAAGCCUCCAUUAUUUAUUAGUGAACCUUUAACUAAAGAUGCAGUUAGUCAGUCACUGUCUCUGCUAAGUGGAUUAUUAAAAUCUUGCUAUGGUCCUGCUGGUAGACUCAAACAGCUCCACAAUGGUGUGGGAGGCUAUGUUUGUACAACUUCACAAUCUUCAGCCAUAUUCAGUCGUCUUUCUGUCAGUCAUCCUAUAUUAAGGGUUUUGACGGCCUCUGUACAGAACCAUGUAUCACGCUUCAGUGACUGUGGCUUAUUUACAGCCAUUCUUUGCUGCAGUUUGAUUGAAAACUUUAAAAGCCUAAGCAUUGCAUCUUGCACUGUCAUUAAAAUAAGCAAACAUCUUUUGAGUUUAUGUAUGGACUACCUCAAAUCCGAGGUGUGUGGUUGUCGAGUAUCUGUGGAUUUUUGCAGUCUUGAGACUCUUCGUUGUUUGGUACAUAGUAUAUUAACAAGCAAACCUGCUUGCAUGCUGAAUAAACCAGAAGUUGAUCAUCUUACUACACUGAUUUUAAAGGCUUUUAUGUUUACUGUUCCAUGUCAUGUUGAGACUAAUGCUGUUUUAGGAAAGUGUAUAAUAGUACCUGUGAAAGGUAGAAGAGUUUUGGAUUCUACAGUUCUUCCUGGAGUACUGAUAGAAACACCAGAAAUUCAAUUGGCAAAACCACUUACUGUCAAAAGAAGUUGUUCAAACAUGAUCAAGAUAGCACUUUUCUGUGUGUCCAUGUCAGGAGACCUCUUCAACCCUGAAGAAGGAACUAUGACUGUCCAUCAUGGAAUUUCUCUAGAAAUGUCAGAGCUGAAUCAAUUACUUAAUGUAGGAAAGCAGCUGGUUAGUGAUGAGGUUGGCCUUGUAGUGUGCCAGAAAGUUAUCCAUCCAUCCUUGAAACAGUAUCUGAAAGAGAACCACAUCGUCGCUGUGGACAGAGCCGGGCUCUCUCUGAUGGAACCCCUGAGUCAGAUGACAGGUUCAAAGCCUAUAGGUUCCAUACAUUCGGUGUCCCCCAGUUCUUAUGGCAGUUUGAAAGAUGUGUGCAUUGAGAGUUUUGCUUCAAAGCAUUUUGUGCAUCUAAUUCCUAAUGACACAGUUGUCUGCAGCUUGAUACUCUGUAACAGAAAUGAAACAGCAUGGGAUGAAUUGAAGCGUGCCUGUGAAACUGCAGAACAUGUGUUACAGUUAACAAUCAAGGAACCUUUGGCAUUGUUAGGAGGCGGCUGUACAGAAACUCACUUGGCUUCGUACAUAAGACACAAGAGUUGUAGUCUGUCCACCAGCACUUUUAAAGAUAUAGAUUGUUCUCAGACACAAUACCAAUUGGUUGCUGAUGGUUUUUGCCGUUCCCUGGAGUCUGUAGCUUGCUCUCUGAAUCAUGAUGAUGGAGAAAUCCUUACAGAUGUGGUUUAUGGACACUGUUGGUUUGUUCCAUCAGGUUUUCCCUCUGUCUCUAACUUGUCAGAUUUAGUUUCAAAAUGUGGCUGUGGGAUUAAUGGUAACAGUGGGAAUCUCAACUGGAGGCUUUUGCAAGGCCAAUUUGGCUCUCCCAUUAUACAAGGCUGCCCUAAAGAGCCCUCAGGAAAGGUUGCUGACUUUCUGACAUUGGACUGUUUUGCUGCAAAAUGUAGUGGCCUACAAGUAGCUCUGGAGACAGCCAAUCUGAUUUUGGAUCUCUCAUAUGUAAUUGAAGAUCAAAAUUAG